ACCCCCGGCAUGCUUCUGCCCAAGGGAAAUGGCCAAUGUUCCGGUUGCUGGUCCCGCAGCGUCUCGGCUGGGCGCCCCCCUAACUCUAGAGAGCACGGGGGAGCACAGCCGUAUGAGGCCAUUCCCUUGGCAGGGGAUCAUGGAUGGCUCAAUCUUUACCACUUGUGGAGGACUGAUGGUUUCUUCAACAGGCACCGAGUGAUGACGGAGAACUUCAACAGACUGGGACCCAUCUACAGGGAGAAACUGGGAAACAAGGAGAGUGUUAACAUUUUCCUGCCAGACGACAUUGCUGUGCUCUUCCAGUCUGAAGGCAUGUCCCCAAAUAGGAUGUUACUGGAUGCCUGGGUUGCUCACAGAGACUAUCGUAACCACAAGUGUGGCAUCUUCCUGAAGAACGGUGAGGUGUGGAGGAGUGAGAGGCUGGUUCUGAACAAAGAGGUGAUCAGCCCGUCGGCGGUCAGUAAAUUCAGCCCCCUGGUGGAUCUGGUGGCGCAGGAAUUCACAGACUUUGUGGAGCGGGAGCUGGAGGCUGGUCGUUGGCUCGCAGAGAUUAACAUGCUGCCCAUUCUGUUUCGACUUUCCCUCGAAUCCAGUUUUCACCUGCUGUAUGGAGACAGACUGGGUUUAUUUGCAGAGAAAGUGGAUUCCAGUUCUGACAGAUUUAUCCAAGCUGUUGAAGAGAUGUUACAGACGACUAUCCCGUUGCUGUACAUCCCCCUGGAGCUGGCCAAAUGGCUGAAUGUGAAACCCUGGAGAGAUCACGUGGCAGCGUGGGAUUUUCUGUUUGAACACGCUGACCAAUGCUUUGGGCAGCUUUUGCACAAGCUGCAGAACGUUCCAGAAGGAGAGAGGAAGUACUUGGGAAUUAUCCCAGAGCUGAUAGAUCAGGCCAAGCUUCCAAUUGACAUCAUCAAGGCCAACUCUGUGGAGCUGAUGGUUGGAAGUGUGGAAACCACAGCACACACUCUCCUUUUUACACUGUUCGAGCUGGCUCGUAAUCCGUCAAUUCAAACUGCCCUCCGUGACGAGGCGACUGCAGCUUACCGUGAGGCGCAGGGUGAUGUGUGUAAAUUAAUGAGCUCUGUUCCACUGCUCCGGGCUGCAAUCAAGGAAACCUUACGGCUGUACCCAAUAGGUCUCACUCUGCAACGGUAUCCUGUUCGGGACAUUGUCAUUCAGAAUUACCACAUUCCAGCUGGGACCAUGGUAAUGGCAGGACUUUACACCAUGGGCAGGAGUCCUGAGAUUUUUCCAGAGCCUGAGAGGUAUAACCCAGGCAGGUGGCUAACCAGUGACAGAAACUAUUUCCAGGCUGUGAACUUUGGUUUUGGCAUGAGGCAAUGCAUCGGACGCAGGAUUGCAGAGGCGGAAAUUGGAAUCUUUCUGAUCCACAUUUUAAGGAAGUUCCAGAUCGUCACGAAAUCCGAAGCAGAUCUUAAACUAAUUUAUGGAUUCAUUGUGAUGGUGGAAGACCCACCUCUGUUGGCUUUCAGACCAUUCACUGACUGAAUCGGUGGGUUGCUAACCCCGGGCCUCGAAUGCACCCUGCCACAUGCCCAACGCUCAACAAGAACUGCACUGCUUCCUCCUCUCCCCAGCCUGGUCCAGCUUUCUGACAAUGUGUCUCAUUGCUCUCUACUGUUGCUCCCAUAGUUUGAUACAAUUAUCAUCUCUGUGUUGGGACAGGCCUGAUUGUCCUUUUGUAUAAUUACAAUGCUAGCCUAUUGAUGGGCAGGUUGGAAGGAUCCAGAGUCGGGAGGGGGUCUAGUGAGGACAGGGCUUGC